UUAGUCGGUCUCGAAACCCCAAGCGCGUCACUUGCGUGUUGUUACGCUCGCCGGUUUUUAAAUAUUAUUAUUUUAAAAUAUAAUUAUUGUUUUUCAAUAAGUCGAUUUAUUAAUAUUAUAAUAUGACUUGACACUAUUUAAAUUAAUAAUUAAUAUUAACAAUUAAAUUAAUUUAAUUAUAAAAGUACAUCGUUCAAAACGGAGUUUAACUUUAGCGCCACUGGAUAAAUAUUUAAAAUUUACAUGAUUUGGAUAAAAGUGACAGAUGUGCAGUGUUUAGUUAUUGAUAUUUGACAUUAUUAAUAACUAUUUUUAUUAUUGCAACUAUUAUUAUCUUAAUAGUGUACGUAGUGUGUGUUCGACCCCCGUUAUAACUAUCAUGGAUACCACGUUGAUACGUUGUAAUACAGGAUAAAGGCAAUUUGAACGAGUUUAGGUGCCUCGAGAGAGAAAAUAAAAAAAAACACACAUAUAUACACAUAUACAUAUAUAUUAGUGAGUGAGAUUAUACUCAGUAUCAUCUCCAUUCUAUCGCAUACGACAGUUAUAAAUUUAAAUGUGAGUGAGGGAUAAAGUGAAAAAAAAAAAAACGCUGUGUGAUAAUUGUAAUUUUUUUAAAUUGACCGCCAUAAGUUAAAAAUAAUAAUUUUCCGCGCGUUGACGCGGAAUUGAAAACCGUAAAAACGGAUAAAAAGUAAAUUGUACAAUUAAAAAAAUAUAAAUAAAAAUGUUGAGGCAGUACCGAUUCGGAACAUGACAGUUCCGAUAUAAAUUGAGAGUAAAGAGAAUUUUGUUAAUUAUAAAUAAUUAUUACGAUAUAUUAAUAUAAAAAAUAAUAAUUAACAAUACAAAGAUCUCGUGCCUCGACUGUGAUAAUUUAUAAUUAUAUUUUAUUUAUUAAAAUAGUGCAAUUUGGAUGUAUACUUGUGGUGACGGUGCAAUAUCAAUUUAUAAAUAAUUAAAUUAAUUUUUAUUAUUAUUAUUAUUGAUUAUUAAUAAAAUAUAUUAUUAUUUAAAAUUGAUGUGCAGUGAAGUGAAGUGAUAAAUAUAUAACGGUGUAGAUAAUAUAAAUAUAUUAUUUUGAUAUUUAUUGAUUGAAUGUUAAAUGCAGUUUUGUGUUAAACCCCCAGGAAAUGGAAUUAAUUGUGAAAUUAUUUGAAAUAUGAGGAAUAUCUUUUGUGGAUUAUCUUGUUGCUCAAAUUAUUAUAAAAAUGAGUCUCAAGAUUUUAUUUUUACUUCUUCUCUUCGUCGUCAAUUCGAGAUGCAUCUGCGAUUCGGGAUACACAGGACAAAACUGCGAAAACGAAUACAUACCGUGUGAUCCAACACCGUGUGUAAAUGGUGGAUCAUGUCGCGAAUUAAAUGAACUUGAAUACGAAUGUCACUGUCCAGAGGGCUUCCGAGGUCAACAUUGUGAAGAAAACAUCGACGACUGCAUAGGAAAUCUUUGUCAAAACGGAGCAACAUGUGUGGACAGAGUUAAUGAGUACGCAUGUCUAUGUCCGCCGACAUUUACAGGACCACAGUGUGAAUCUGACGUUGACGAGUGCUCAGUACGUCCUUCGCUCUGUCGCAAUGGCGCGACCUGCACCAAUUCACAUGGAAGCUACUCGUGCAUUUGCGUUAACGGCUGGACCGGAUCUGACUGCAGCAUGAAUAUCGAUGAUUGUAACACCGCGGCUUGUUUCAACGGCGCCACUUGCAUUGAUCGUGUUGGCGGUUUUUACUGUCAAUGCACUGAAGGAAAGACUGGUUUACUAUGUCAUCUUGACGAUGCCUGUACGUCAAAUCCAUGUCACGAGGGUGCGGAAUGUAACACGAGUCCUAUAAACGGUUUCUAUACUUGUUCAUGUGCUAGCGGUUAUGAAGGAAUCGAUUGUUCGCAGGAUAAAGAUGAGUGUACGCAAGGUUCUCCUUGUGAGCACGAUGGAAUCUGCGUUAAUACACCAGGUUCUUUUGCUUGCAACUGUACCCAAGGAUUUACUGGACCAAGAUGUGAGACAAAUAUCAACGAAUGUGAGUCUCAUCCUUGUCAAAAUGACGGUUCCUGCCUCGACGAUCCCGGAACAUUUCGCUGUGUCUGCAUGCCAGGUUACACAGGAACACAAUGUGAGAUAGACAUCAAUGAAUGUGCAACAAAUCCAUGCUUGAACAACGGCAUAUGUACAGACCUGGUGAAUUCAUUCAAAUGUGACUGCGCUAAAGGAUUUGCUGGAUCGCAUUGUCAGAUAAACAUAGACGAUUGUGCGUCAGCGCCAUGUAAAAAUGGUGGCACAUGCCAAGACUCGAUAGCCAAAUAUACAUGUGAAUGUCCACCAGGAUUUACUGGUGCAUCUUGUGAAACGAAUAUCAAUGACUGCCAGUCGAAUCCAUGUCACAGCGGUACUUGUAUAGAUGGAGAGAAUUCCUUCACCUGUAGCUGCUUCCCUGGUUUCACUGGGAAAUUGUGUCAAACUCAGAUUGACGAGUGUGAGAGUAAUCCUUGUCAGUUUGGUGGUAGAUGUGAGGACAGAAUAAAUGGAUAUCAGUGCAUAUGUCGACCUGGUACUUCUGGUACUAAUUGUGAAAUAAAUGUCAAUGAAUGCUACAGCAAUCCUUGCAGAAAUGGCGCCAGAUGCAACGACGGUAUCAAUAGCAAUCGGAUGCCUGGUCUAGGAUGGUAUUCAUGUGAGUGCGAACCAGGAUUCACCGGACAGCACUGCGAAACAGACAUAAACGAGUGCUCUAGUAACCCAUGUGCCAACGGCGGUCGCUGCAUUGAUUUGAUAAACGGAUACCGGUGCGAAUGCCCCCGAGGUUAUUACGACGCGCGAUGUCUGAGCGACAUCGACGAGUGUGCAAGCAACCCGUGCGUCAACGGCGGGACCUGCGAGGACGGAGUGAAUCAGUUUAUUUGCCACUGCCUUCCAGGGUACGGUGGCAAGCGCUGCGAAGCGGACAUCGACGAGUGUGGAUCCAACCCCUGUCAGCACGGCGGCUCGUGCAUCGACCACUUGAACGACUACAGCUGCCAAUGUCUUCCCGGUUACGCAGGCAUCAACUGCGAGACAAACAUCGACGACUGCGCAGCGAAUCCUUGUCAAAACGGUGGUUCCUGCAUCGACCUCGUCAACGACUACAAGUGCGUCUGCGAGUUACCUCACACAGGCCGCAACUGCGAGGAAAAAUUGGACCCUUGUUCACCCAACAAGUGUCUUCACGGCGCAAAAUGUACUCCGUCAUCGAAUUUCUUGGACUUUGCUUGUACUUGUACCGUCGGAUACACAGGUCGUCUCUGCGACGAAGAUGUCGACGAGUGUGUAAUGACAUCCCCGUGUCGUAAUGGAGCGACAUGUCGCAACACAAAUGGCUCUUAUCACUGCGUUUGUGCAAAAGGUUACGAAGGACGUGACUGCAUAAUAAAUACCGAUGACUGCGCGUCAUUUCCUUGUCAAAACGGCGGUACUUGUUUAGAUGGAAUCGGUGAUUACACGUGUCUAUGCGUUGACGGUUUCAAUGGUAAGCAUUGUGAGCUAGAUGUCGAUGAAUGUCAAUCAUCACCCUGUCAAAAUGGUGCCAUUUGUAAUCAAUACGUUAAUUCGUACACUUGUCAAUGUCAAUUAGGAUUCUCUGGUAUUAAUUGUCAAACAAAUGAUGACGAUUGUACGAUAAGCAGUUGUAUGAAUAACGGAAAAUGUAUUGAUGGUAUUAAUAAUUACACAUGCGUUUGUCAGCCAGGUUACACAGGUUCAAAUUGUCAGUAUCGAAUAAACGAAUGUGACAGCUCACCUUGUCUUAACGGUGCUACUUGUUAUGAUGAUAUUAAUCAUCAUUACACAUGUCACUGUCCUUAUGGAUACACUGGACAACGUUGUGAUAUGUACGUUGACUGGUGCGCGGAUAAACCCUGCGAGAAUGGUGCAGCUUGUGUACAACAUAAAAAUAAAUAUCACUGUAAUUGUUCGCCAGGUUGGACAGGUAAAGUUUGUGAUGUUGAAAUGGUAUCUUGUAAAGACGCAGCAAUACGUAAAAAUGUACCCGAAGAAUAUUUAUGUAAUAAUGGUACGUGCGAAGAUAUUGGCAACAGUCAUCGGUGUCAUUGUCUUGAGGGUUAUACAGGAUCAUAUUGUCAAGAAGAAAUAAACGAAUGUGACUCAGCGCCUUGUCAAAAUGGUGCGACUUGUAAAGAUCUUGUUGGUUUGUAUCAGUGCCUGUGUACAAAAGGUUUUCAAGGACAAAAUUGUGAACUAAAUAUCGAUGAUUGUCGUAAUAAUCCUUGUUCUCAUGGUGGUAAAUGUCAUGAUUUGAUAAACAAUUUCAGUUGUUCAUGUCCACCAGGUACACUGGGUAUUCUUUGUGAAAUAAAUGUUGAUGAUUGUGUUGAAGGUGCUUGUCACAAUAACGGUACUUGUACUGAUAAAGUUGGUGGAUUCGAAUGUACAUGUCCUCCAGGUUUUGUCGGUCCACGUUGUGAAGGUGACAUAAAUGAGUGUCUUUCUAAUCCUUGUACCAAUCCAGGUACCCAAGAUUGCGUUCAACUGGUUAAUAAUUAUCACUGUAAUUGUAAGCCCGGUUACAUGGGACGUCAUUGUGAAGUUAAAGUUAACUUUUGUGACAGUUCUCCUUGUCAAAAUGGUGGUGUCUGUACAGCUAAGCAAGCCGGUCAUACUUGUCUAUGUCCAGCAGAUUAUUAUGGACAUAAUUGUGAAUUUGCUGGAUCAUACUGCGAUAAUAAACCUUGUUUACAUGGUGGUACUUGUCGUCCUGCUUCUACGGAAAUGGGUUACCGGUGCUACUGUCCGCCAGGAACUUCAGGUACUCAUUGUGAAAUAGACGCUAAAGACGAGUGUGAAAGUAAUCCUUGUCAACAACCCGACGCUUUGUGUGAAAAUCUUGUCGGUGAUUACGCUUGUUACUGUCCACCCAAGUGGACCGGCAAGAAUUGCGAGAUUUAUGACAACAAUAGUCGCGGUGGGAUCUUCGACAGACCCAAUUCCAUGAUACCCAAUAGGAAAAAUGCUUAUGAACUGGAUCUAGCUCGGGAAAAACAAAAGUGCAUGGAAAAUAGAUGUGACCAAAAAGCCGGAAAUGGACGUUGUGAUCAAGAAUGUAAUCGGUAUGCAUGUAAUUUUGAUGGCAAUGAUUGUUCACUUGGUAUUAAUCCAUGGCAUAAUUGUACGGCUCCAGUAAAGUGUUGGGAAGUAUUUAUGAACGGUGUUUGCGACGAAGUAUGUAAUAAUGCUCAAUGUUUAUUUGAUGGACGUGAUUGUGAGAAAAAAUUAGCCCCUUGUAAUCCAAUAUAUGACGCGUAUUGUCGGAAACAUUAUGCCAAUGGUUACUGUGAUUACGGAUGUAACAACGAGGAGUGUAAUUGGGACGGAUUGGAUUGUGAAAAUGAACCCGAAUCACUUGCCGAGGGUGUGAUAUCAAUAGUAGUACGUAUGGAUAUGAAGUCAUUUCUCGAUGAAUCGGUUGCAUUUUUACGUGAGAUAGGUCACCAAUUACGUACUACCUUGCGUAUUAAAUUAGACGAACUGGGCAAUCAAAUGAUUUAUCCAGUUAAUGAUAAUCGUGACUCAUCAAUACAGUCUUCGGUAUUCAGUAGACCGUCUGGAGGUUAUCCGGGAAAUAAAAAUGGUAUAAAAGUGCUAUUGGAAAUUGACAAUCGUAAAUGUACAACAACUGAGGGUAAGGUUUGUUUCUCGACAGCCAAUGAAGCUGCGGAAUAUCUGGCAGCGACUGCAUCCAAACAUUCGUUGCCAAACAGUUAUCCUAUUGAGUCAGUAACGGGACUUGUACAUCUUGAUCCAGAGUAUCCAGAUACCCCAACUAACUAUAAAUAUGUUUUUAUUGGUGUUGUUAUCGUUGUUUUGGGUGGAAUGUUCGUAGGAGUUCUGGUUACUGCACAGAAAAAACGUGCUGUUGGUAUAACUUGGUUCCCUGAAGGAUUUUUGCGGUCUAGUGCAGGCAGUGGCCAGCGUAGACGCAGUCGUAGACGUGGUCCAGAUGGCCAGGAAAUGCGUAAUCUCAACAAACAACCUUCUGUUAAUUGUAUGGACAUUGAUGUAGGAAAUGGUCGCGGACAGCGGUGGUCUGAUGAUGAAUCUGAUUUACCACCUUCUAAACGAAUGCGCGCAAUUGAACCUGGUUAUGCCAGUGACCACACUGCUAUCACUGAUUAUGAGGAAGCUGAGCCGCGUAUGUGGACACAACAGCAUUUGGAUGCCGCAGAAAUACGUCGUCCUGAUGCUAAUGGAGUACUGACACCACCGAGUCUUGAACACGGUCAAGAUAUUGACGCACGAGGACCCUGUGGUAUGACACCGCUGAUGGUCGCUGCUGUACGAGGCGGUGGACUGGAUACUGGUGAAGAAGACGAUGACAGUGACGGUACUGCUGCUGUUAUUGCUGAUUUGGUUGCUCAGGGCGCAGAUUUAAAUGCGACUACUGACAAAAGCGGCGAGACUUCAUUACAUUUGGCAGCACGUUACGCACGAGCUGACGCAGCAAAACGUUUGCUUGAUGCUGGCGCUGAUGCCAACUCACAAGACAACACAGGACGUACUCCAUUACACUCGGCAGUUGCUGCCGAUGCAAUGGGUGUCUUUCAAAUAUUGUUACGUAACCGAGCUACCAAUUUAAAUGCUCGUAUGCACGACGGUACCACUCCGUUGAUACUCGCAGCCCGUCUGGCUACUGAGGGAAUGGUCGAAGACUUGAUAAACGCCGAUGCGGACAUCAAUGCAGCUGACAAUAGUGGAAAAACUGCACUCCAUUGGGCAGCGGCUGUCAAUAAUGUCGACGCAGUUAAUAUUUUACUAGUACACGGUGCUAAUCGUGACGCUCAAGAUGACAAAGACGAGACACCGCUUUUCUUGGCUGCCCGGGAAGGAAGCUUUGAAGCCUGUAAAGCUCUACUAGACACAUUUGCCAAUCGCGAAAUUACUGACCACAUGGACAGGCUGCCACGUGAUGUCGCCAGUGAACGAUUGCAUCACGAUAUUGUGCGGCUACUUGAUGAACAUGUACCACGAUCACCACAAAUGGUUUCGGUUAUGCCCAAUGGACCUCUUAUGGGUUCACCAAAUCAUUCACAAUUAAUAACACCGCCAACAGUAAUUGGCUCGGCGCCAAAACAAUCAAAGGCAAAGAAACGUCCAAAAACAAAUGGACCUGGAAAUCCAACCUCACCAGAUUCCGAAGGCGCUGUUGUUGCAGCGGUUCGUAGAAAACCAUCAGUUAAAAAAUUAGCAGUAAAACGUGGUGCGCAACCACCAAAUCAAGAAAUUCCUCAGGGUGCUGAAGGGGCUGAAGGUAAUCUACCAAGUCCAUAUGACAGUGCCAGUCUUUAUAGUAAUGCACUGCCAUUAGUAAGUCACACAACGACAACAGCUAAACAACCACCUCCAUAUGAAGAUUGUAUCAAGGGACAAUCAAUGCAAACACUACAGCAAUUAGGUCUUGAUACAUUUACAACAACCUACGGUUUACCAAAUUUUCAUGACCAAUUAUUAGCACCUCAUCAACGUCAAACGCAGGGGAUGAUAAAUACUCUGUCACCGCCAUACAGUAAUCAAUCACCACCACAUUCAGUUCAAUCAAACAUGACAUUAUCGCCUCAGGCGAGUUACAUGGGCUCGCCAUCGCCGGCUAAAAGUCGGCCAUCACUGCCAACAUCUCCCACUCAUAUCGCCGCGAUGCGACAAGCGACGCAUCAAAAACACGGUGGUAUGCCGCCAGUAGGUUUUGACUUCGAGACACUGCCCUACGCCACCGGUCCAACUCAGAUGCAGCAGAUGCAGCAGACACAGCAGCAACAACAGCAGCAGCAGCAACAACAGCAGCAACAGCAGCAGCAACAACAACAACAGCAACAGCAGCAGCAGUACUAUCAGUACUUGACGCCGCCAUCGCAUCACUCGGGUGCUGAUGUGACCCCUCAGCACAUGAUGCAGACUCCCGAAAGCUUCCCCACCCCCUCUCCCGACAGUCCUGGUCACUGGUCAUCCAGCUCGCCGCACUCAACUAGCGACUGGAGUGAUUGCAUGGCCUCUCCCAAUGCCUACGCACCUGGUGCGCCUCAUCAGGGCAACAAAGGCUCCGAGGCAAUUUAUAUUUAAGCUAAUCCUUUAUUAUCAUUAUUAUCAUUAUCAACUUUUUUUUUAUAUAUAUUAAUUAUUAAGUCAAGUGUUAUUUAUACAUAUACAUAUAUACAUAUACAUAUACAUAUACAUAUAAAUAUAAAUAUAUAUAUUAUAGGUUUCUUAUACAAAUACAAAAUAUUAAUAAUUUUAUUUUUUAAGAUUGCGAAGACUUCUUUGAAGCAGAGACACUAAUUUUUUUUUUUUUAUUACUAUACGUUAUUUUAAAAUCGUGCCUCAUGAUAUGUAAGACGUGACAAUUUAUUUAAAAAAUAAAAUAUAAAAAGUUUUACGGAUAAGUUAUUGUAAUUUCCGUAGUAGGUGCGAUGUACGCUCAAUAAUUAAAUUUAAAAUAAAAUUUAAAAAAAUGUAAAGGUGCCUUCGACUUGCCAGAGUGUAGGUAAACCUUAUAAAUAAAUAAAUAAAUGAAUAAUUAUAUAAACAAAUGAUUUAAAUGUCAUUUGUUAUUGUAAAUAAAUUACAAUCACUAGAUAAAUGAUUAAGACAAUCGCGUUAGAAAAUACAGUAGAUUUUUUUUUUAUAUUAAUUAUUGUAAGGAUAUUUGAUAAAUAAAUAAGUUAUAUUAUUUAAUAGAUUAAAAAUAACACGAUUGUAUACAGUGAUGUCUCUCUAUAAUAUUAACGAAUCGUCACUGCCAAUUUUUUUUAUAAAACAAACUUGCAGGCGGGACCAAUGGACAAUAACUUUUACUCAACUGAAUUUAAAUUAACAAUAAAAUUACAUGAACAAUAAAACAAUUAUUAAAUAUUAAUAUUUAAAAAAAUGAAACAAUUGUGCCUUUAAUUAUACAUAUAUUUUUCAGCCCAAAAUAAAAUAUUUUUUACGGGUAUAAAUCAAUAAACGUGUUAAUCAUUAAGGCAAUCGAAGUAUCCCCCACUUUCUAAACAUGUUCCAUAAUUUUCAAAAGUCAUAACCGUAUUAAAAUUUUAUGAUUAAUUAAUUGAAAAAAAAGAGCAUACUGUAAAAAAUUGGGAGUCGAUUUGGAAUGCUUACAGAUUUUAUAUAAAUCCCGGAGUAAAAAAAAUCAGUCUGUAUACGGAGUGAAUAAGGAGUUUUCCAGCGGAGUGAUCUGGAUUUUAUUUGAAUCCGCAUUUACACCAAUUCGGAGUUUCAAUAUUAAAAUAAACUUCCCUUCGAAGUGAAUUUCACACAGAUUUAAUCGCAAAUUUUUUACAGUGCAUUCAUUAAAAAAAAUACAACGUAAUAAAAAUUCCGUAAAGACAGACUUUUUUAAAAAUUUAUUUACCUGUCUAUCAAAAUUUGUUAAAUAAAUUUUGGUAAUACAAAAUUUUAAAUUUCAAAUUAUAAUUUUGACAAAAAAUGUACUGGAAGUUAUUUAACAAAUUUAGUGAAGGUAAAUCAGGGACUGAACUCAACUUACGUAACGCGUGUAGAAUCGUUUUUUGACUUCACCCUUUUUUUGUAACAGAUCUUAUCUUAUUCUCCCCUCCCUGUAAUUUUUUUUAUUCUUAAAAAUUUCAAAUAAAAAUUUUUCAAUCACUUUUGUAAUUAUUAGCUAAUAGACAGCUAUAAUUAAAAUUACUCAUAAUUAAAAUGAAUUAUAUUUGGCUACAAAUUAAUUCUGUCCUGCCAAAUUUAACUAAAAUUUUUUUUUAAUUAAUUAUCAUCUUUCAAUAUUUACUUUAAUAAAUUUCUUGCUCUCUAUUAUCCUUAAAUUUUGUAAUUUAAAUUCGGUUUCCAUUUUAAAACUGUAAUUUUUUUUUUUUAAAUCUAUAUCCUUGAAUAAUAAAUAUGUUGCCCUUUUUUCAGAAAUUGCUUCGACUUUUUUUAAUGAAUUAAUCAAAUUUUAAUACGGUUACAACAAUUGAAGGUGAUUGGAAAAAUUUUGAAAAGUCUAAAGGGAUUUGAAAAUAUUCUUAACAACGAAUGAUUGCAAUGCGUUAGACUUAUACAAAAAAAUUGUAAUAUUUUUGGGUGUGAGGACCAGAGUCCAGUGAAAAUCUUAUUAGAUAAUCAAAGGACGUGGGAUUAAACCCGUCAUGCCGAACUGUUAAUCCAGUGCUAAGCAAUUUAAUAUGUAUAUGUAAGAUAAUAAAAAAGUAACAAUAAUACAUAAUAAUAAGUAAUUUAAAUAAUUAAAACAGGAUUUAAUGAGAAUUUUUCUAUACAACAGACAAAUUAUUCCAUACAGACAUUCCAAUUCGUUAUUUUUAUUCGCUUAAUUUUUUUUUUUACUGUCCAAAGCUUGUAAUUUAAGUCCAUUGAUUUUAGCUAUGGAUUAUAUUUAUUUAUUUACUAUAAAUAAAUAAAUAAAAAUCCAUUUUACUAAUUAGAUUUAUUAAUAAUAUUAUUUCUUUUCUUUGUUGAUAAUUAAUAUAAGUGUCGUUAUUUUAAAAUUCUCAUUAACUCGUCUGUUAAAAGCCAAAAGUUUAUAUAUUACCGACAAAUAAACUUUAAUGGCUAUAAAUAAAAAAGACAAUUAAGAACAAUAAUAAUAAUAAAAACAACAACACCAUAAUUUAAUUAUAAAUUACAAAUCCUAUGGUGUUUUUUUUUUCUUUAAUAAUUUUCUUAGAUUGUUGCGAGAGAAAAGAUUUUAUUGCCAAUAAGUCAUAAUUUAAAUAAAUAAUUAUUAUUAUUUCGACUUACGUUGUGUGUUUGCAAUACUAGUGAUCAAAAAUAAUAAAAAAAAGUUUUUUUUUUUUAAUUUUUUUCGUUAAAAAAUUUUUUUUUCAUCUUCUAUACAUAAAUUUGUAUAUAAUUAUUAUUAUUAUUAUUUUUUUUUUAUGUAAUUUAAUUCAUACACACACGUUGCUAUUUAUUAUCUUUUCUCUCGAUUUUUGUACAAACUGUUUUUACAUAUUUUUUUAUAUCAAUUAUAAAUAAAUAUAUAAUUAAUUAAUUAUUAUUGUAUUAGUUUAUAAAUAAAUGAAUUAAGUGAUUAUGUGAGCAAAUAUAAUUGCUAUUUGAUUUAAUAAAAAUUGUUUAAGAUAAUACAGUAAUAAUGUUUCAUUACAAUAGUAUAAUUAAAUAAUUAUGUUCAAUUAAUUCAUUAAUUAAUGAUAAUAAUAAUAAUUAUUAUUAUUAUGAAUGUUUUUUUAUAUAUAUCUAUAUAUAAAUUGUAAAGUGUGAUUUUUUGUUGCAUUAAGAAUAAAUAUAAAUAAUUAAAUGAAAAUAAAACGUAAUAACGAGGGAAUAAUGUUCUUGAUGCAAUAUUUUAUUACACAGUGAUGCGAUCGAGACGUUAAUUAUUCAUUUUAUUAUAAAUGUCGACCAAACUUGAGUAAUUCUUUAAUUACAUAUUUAGAAAAAAUAAUUUUUUUGCAUGGACUUUUUGUUUAUCAUUUCAAUAUUUUGUAGUUUUUUUUUUUACACCCAAGUAGAAAAGUUUUAUAUUUUUUUAUGCAGAGAAUUUACUUCGCGGGUAAAAAAAAAAGGUUUGAAAAUUUAAUGUAUGAGGGAUUUUUUAAUUUAAGAUCAUCGGGAAGUUUUUUUGAAAAAUUUAAAACAAGAAACUAAAGUUGGAAAUUUCGUCUUGAACUUUUUUCAUGCUUACAAAAAGUUAACAGUACUUUUAUAAAAAAAAAAAUUGCAAAAAUUAUCCGAAGGAAUUUUCAAAUUUGAGACCUUUUAAAAUUUUUAAAGUUGAAUUCUUUUUUAGUUUUUAAAAAUUAGGAACUAGAAAUUACUUCGCUUGAAUUUUUUUCGGAACGUGUUUUCAAAAUUAUUUUUUGAACUUUUGUUUUUUUAUAAACAGUUGAAUUAAAAAAAAAUUUUGAAUUAUUUCUGAACUUUAGUAAUUUUUUUGUAAAAAAUUUAAAUUUAAAAUUGUCCGGUCGUUAUUGUUUUCGAAUUUUGUACAAACUAAAAAUAUUAAAAUAAAAUUCUUGAAAAAAAUAAUUAAGAAAAUAUCAAAUACAUUUAUAAAAUUUCUGAACUAUUUUAAGUUUCUAGUUUAAAAUUUUAAAAAGUUCCCAAUUUUCUCAAAUUCAAAAAUUCUACAAAGUAAAUUUUCAUAAUUUUUCUUUAACACAAAUUAGGAGAAUUAGGAGAAAAAAUGGAAAAAUGACAUCGUUUUGUAGUAAAGAAAAAAAAAAAAUGUUUUAUUAUAAAAAAAUGUCAGAUAUUUGAUAUAAUUUAUAAAAUUUAUUUACUUGGGUAUAAAAAUUAAUUUUAAAUAUAAAGACUGCGUAUGUCAAAAGCAACGAUAACAAUAAUGAUAAUUUGAGGCCUUAUAAUCUCAAGUAUAUAUAAAAUAUAUGAAAAUGUAUGUUUGUAUUUUUGUAAUAAAAAAAAAAACAGUAGAUUUAAAAAUUGUAAUAAAAAGAUAAAGAGUUAAAAAUGAAAAUAUAUAUAUU